UUGUUCUAAUUAUUUCAUUAAUUUAUUUGGAUACAUCAAAAUGAUUUGCACAAUUAUAUUUGUUUUAAUUUUAUUAAUCACAUUUUAUGUGAUUCGAAAACGUCAAAUGACCAUCCUAAAACGAAAUGGUAUUAAUGGACCUGAACCAAAUCUGAUCACUGGCAAUAUAUUUUCAUUGUUGAAAAAGUCUAACUUUGAAAGAUCUCAACAAUUGAUCGAUCAUUAUGGUAAAACUAGUGGAUAUUAUGUGGGCGCAAAACCAAAUGUAUUGACCAUAGAUUUGGAACUAAUCAAACGAUUUCAAAUCAAAGAUUUUGAUAAAUUUUCUGACCGACAAACAUUUGGCCUAAAACAUGGUAUUCGUCCGAAUCCAAGAUUUUCCGAAAAUGUUAUUGGAUCACGUGGUGCUCGUUGGAAAGAACAUCGUACCAUAUUGAAUCCAACAUUCAGUGCGAUGAAAUUAAAAAUGGUUACUCCCAUUAUAGAAUCAGCCAUUGACAUAUUCAUUAACAAAGUCGAUAAACAUGCAGAAGAUGGAAAUGAAUUUAAUAUUUAUGAAGAUUUUCAGCUUCUCACAGCUGAUGUUAUAUCGAAAACGGCAUUUGGAAUCGAUACAAAUGUUCAACAUGAUCCAAAGAAUGAAUUUUUUCUUGCAGCAAAAAUGGUGUUUGACACCAAACCUAAUCGAUUUCUUUUGUUAUUCACCUGUUUUCCAGAAUUAGACAUCGUAAUGUAUCCAUUCCGUCGAUUAUUGGAAAUUAUACGCGAAGCUAGAGGAAAAUCGGCUUCGACAAUUUUAGCAAAAUUAAUUGAAGCUGCUAUACGAUUGCGAAAGGAUCGUCCGGUAAAAACGCCCGAUCUAUUGCAGCUAAUGCUUGAUGCUCAAGCAAGUGAAGAUGAACUUAAACAAAAAGAUCUGUCAAAAUUGACCAUAGAACUGUCCAAUGAUGAAAUGACUGCAGUCAAACAAACGAAUGGAGCGCAGAAAUUCAAAAAUUCCAAAUCACUUUCACAAGAUGAAGUCAUCGCAAAUGCAAUCAUUUUCUAUGAAGCUGGCUAUGAAACGACAAGUACAGCUUUAGGAUUCAUAUCACAUUUUCUGGUUACACGUCAAGAUAUACAGGAUAAAGUUCGAGAUGAAGUUAAUGAACUUUACGCAAAUGAAAAAAAAUUUGAUUAUAAUACGGUGAAUAAAUUGACAUAUAUGCAAUGCGUCAUCAAUGAAUCGAUGCGAUUCUAUCCUCCAGUCACAGCUUUCAUCACUCGAAAUACUAAAGGAGAUUAUCAUUAUAAGGAUAUAAUUAUCCCGAAAGAUUCGACCAUUCGAAUACCGACAUACCAAUUACAUCAUUGCGAAGAGUAUUGGCCUAAUCCAGAAGUGUUUGAUCCGGAAAGAUUUCUUGAUAAAAAGAAUUAUGAUCCAAUUGCAUUUCAAGCAUUCGGCAAUGGACCCCGUAAUUGUAUUGGAAUGCGGUUUGCAUUAUAUGAAAUCAAAUUGGCUUUAGCAAAACUAUUGUUUCGAUACAGACUUGUACCGGGACCGAGUACUGAAAAUGAAUUGACAAUUGAACAAAAAAUAAUAACUGAAACGCCAAAAUAUGGUGUGUUUGUUAAAGCUGUUCCAUUGAAUAAAUAAAAAUGGUUUUCUGGUAUUUGAAAAAAAUU